AUGUGUCGCUUCAAGACCCUAUGUGUCGCUGACCCGAUUUGGGGAGUGUGUUACUUUUCAUAUACACUGGCUUUUGAACGUAUCUUGAUUUUCCGAUUCAUCGAUGCUUACUUGUUAGAUCCCUUCGAACUCUCAUACGACGAUGUCGCAACUCUUCCUGUCUCACUUUCAGCAGCAUACGCAGGCCUCUACGGAAAUAAGGCACUUGGUGCGGCUUUUGACGCACCUGUUUCUGCGUCGGCCAUUGGCAAGUACGUCGACACACUUCUGGUCGUUUUGGGAGGCUCCAGCAGCGUCGGGCGAUACGUCAUUCAGCUUGCCAAAUAUUCUGGUUUCCAUCCCAUGAUCACCACCACCUCCCUCAAACAUGCUGACGAGCUCAAAUCCCUUGGUGCGACACACGUCAUCGACCGCAAGGCGUCUGUUGUUGCAGAAGUCAGAAAGCUGACUGACAAGCCCAUCUCGAUCGUGUUCGAUGCCGUCUCGAGUGCGGAUACCCAACAGGCAGGCGUCGACGUCUUAGGUAUGAGCCGAUGCAAAUGCAAUGUCUGUAAGUCCCGUAAGCCAAGCGUGCAGAUCAACGAGGUAAUUACAGUCUAUAAACUCCAGUUGGCGCAGAGGAGAGGCUAG